ACUUCCUGUAGCAGGUUGGGUUGCGGCGCCGCUGAGGGAUCGCCACGUCGUUCAGCUGAUCGGUCUGUGCGCGAAUUUAAACAUUAUGAGAGGUGGGGGUUAAAACUAAUGCAUUUUGUUUUUGUUUAGGAGCAUAAUGUUUUCGCUUUAACUGAACGCACUCACGGUGCUAAGUUGAUGGUGGUGAAACGGUCUCCAGCUUGGAAUAUUGAUGUAUGCUGCCUGUCCUGCUGAGUUCCUCCAGCAUUUUGUGUGUGAAACUCCUUUGUGACAAGCUUGAAGCUUGAGAAAGUGUGUCAGGGCCAGGUGCAUGACAGAUGCUAUGGCAUCUUUUGUAGAGUGGUCUGUUGGUAAGCAGAUUGAACGCGAAACAUUUUGGGCAGACUGCACUGGUGCUUAACUGUCAGCUGGUCCAUGCCAUGCCUGGUGGACGGCGGGGCCCAAGUCGGCAGCAGCUGAGCCGCUCAGCAUUGCCAUCUCUGCAGACCAUUGUGGGUGGGAGCUGUGGGAAUGGCACCGGGAUGAGGAACAGGAAUGGUGGUGCCAUUGGUCUGUCUGCGCCACCUAUUACUGCUUUGAUUACCCCUGAACCUGUCCGUCACUGCCGUAUUCCUGACCUGCCAACUGAUGGAUGCCUUGUCUUUGAGCUGCUUUUCUUCAUCUACUUGUUGAUGGCCCUUUUUGUUCAGUACAUUAACAUAUACAAAACAGUCUGGUGGUUUCCAUACCUUCACCCCGCUGCUUCUACCUCACUGAACUUUCAUCUGAUUGAUUAUCACUUGGCAGCAUUUAUUACAAUAAUGUUAGCCCGAAGAUUGGUGUGGACCCUCAUUUCAGAGGCAUCUCAAACCAGUGCAACCUCAGUGGUGCGGUACACUUUGGUGAUAAUGGCUCGUUUGGUACUACUCACGAUGUGCGGCUGGAUUUUAUGCUGGACACUUGUCAAUCUUUUUAGAAAUCAUUCUGUGCUAAAUCUCCUGUUUCUCGGAUAUCCAUUUGGUGUUUAUGUGCCACUGUGUUGCUUCCACCAAGAAAAUCGGAUUCAACCAUUACCAGCGGAUUGUGGUUUUCUAUUAAAUGGCCAGCUAGAAACGGGUGUAAUCAGGCCAAAGGACUUCUUCACGCUCCUCCGAGAGUCAUUCAGAGAACAAUUUAAUAAUCCAACUUCUAUCCCUGCCCAUACUUGCCCACUCUCCCCAGAUCUUAUUCGAAAUGAGGUUGAAUGUUUGAAAAUAGAUUUCAAUAAAAGGAUAAAAGAAGUCCUCUUCAAUUCACUAUUUAGUGCCUACUAUGUAGCAUUUUUGCCUCUUUGUUUUGUUAAGAGUACACAGUACUACGAUAUGCGAUGGUCCUGUGAGCAUCUCAUCAUGGUUUGGGUAAAUGCCUUUGUUAUGUUAAUGAGUCAACUACUGCCUCCCAGGUAUUGUGAUCUUCUUCAUAAAUCAGCUGCUCACCUGGGAAAGUGGCAGAAAAUGGAACACGGUUCUUACAGUAAUACACCACAACACAUAUGGUCUGAAACAACAAUUUGGCCACAAGGUGUGCUAGUUCGACACAAUCGAUGCCUUUAUAAAGCUGUAGGACCCUAUAAUGUAGCAGUGCCUUCAGAUGUUUCACAUGCCAGAUUUUAUUUUUUAUUCCAUAAGCCAUUACGGAUCCUGAAUCUUCUCAUCCUUAUAGAAGGCAGUGUGGUCCUGUAUCAACUAUACUCUCUGCUUCGGUCAGAAAAAUGGAACCAUAUACUUUCCUUGGCUUUGAUACUGUUUUGUAAUUACUAUGUCUUAUUUAAACUGUUAAGGGAUCGGAUUGUGCUUGGCAAAGCAUAUGCGUAUCCUCUGGGCACCAUUGGACUGAAAUCUCAUUAGGCAACCUAAAAUGGGAUGGGAGGGAUUGGGGAAAAGGAUUUAAAGAAAUUAUUUUGAUACUGUUUCUAUUUUUCAUGCAGUGUUUAAAUAUUUAAAAUAUUUUAUAUUUUGUAUACUUGGAUAUUUUUAAGAGCUAUUCUUUGCAUAAGCCAGUUGUAUUUUUGUCUACUUAGCAACUUCACAAGCUAAGUGUGUGCUUUGCUCCAUAUGACAAGUGCCAUUUAUAAUCGCAAUAAUCAAAGUGUAUUGAUCAGAGGAAUAAAGGAUAAUAUGAGAAAUCUAUUCUUUUAUGUUGUCACCUUGAGGUCAUUUUAAGCUAUUAUUGUCUAAACAUGUGAAUGGAACUUGUGUUCAUAGUAAAUGAUUACAUUUAUUGAUGUUCAAAUAUGAACUUGUUUAAUAUAUAGGGGUUUACAAUGGUGUCCGAAUAAAAUCCAUUCUUCAAUUAUUGUUUACAUGAUACCGCCUCUUCAAAGACAAAUGUAUCAAUAAAUAUGAACAUUCCCAAUUUGCUUUCUGUAUCCAUUAAAUGGUUGGAUUUAUUUUGCUGGUAAUGAAUGCAAAAGAGGUAAAAUGCUUGCAUUAUGUAUUGCUGCUAGAUUUUAAUAUUAAAUAUUUUUGAAAAUAAAUAACUAAACCAGACAAAUUAAUUCUCUCCUGCUGGAUUCUCCGGUCAAGCCUCCAUUUGAAGAUGAAUUGCAUUUCUCCAUAAGAUGUGGUAAAGCAAGAUGGAGUUAAAAUUUGUUUUAAAGCUGCCAAUAAAGGGCUGAUAUGAUAGAAUAUGAUCUAAAUUCCAUUCAUGUUACAGGCUUUGGUAGGUGUAACCGUGUUUAAAAUCGGAAAAAUAAUUGAGCAUUGCUUUAGAUAAUUUAUGAAAUGGACAAUAGAAAUCUUUAACAUUUUGAUAAGCUAAUACAUUUCUUUACCUUUUUAUAGAUAGAUACUAUUUUUGAUAAACUUUAUAAUUAAACAAUGCUGGAUACAGUGAAACAGUUAAAAUUUUGGUUAAUUACUUUUGAACAAUGUUAAGGUUGAAUGUAAAACAAGUUUGUUAAUUGGUUUGUUAUUGUCACAUGUACUGUGGAAAAUCUUUGUUGUGCAUUCAUACAGAUAUGUCUGCAACAUGACUUCCUUACCAUUCUAUUCAACCUCCUCCCAAUGAAGGCAAGCGUGCCACCUUAGCUACUUACAUAACCACUUUCAGUGAACUAUGGACCUGGACCCUAAGAUCAUGCUAUACCUCAAUGCUAUUAAGGGGUCUACCGUUGACUGUGUACUUUCUUCUUUUAUUUGACUUCCCAAAGUGCAGCACCUUACACUUGCCUGGAUUAAACUCCAUCUGCCAUUUUUCUUCUCAUAUCUGUGACUGGUCUAUAUGCUGCUGUAUUCUUUACACUGUUCAUAAUUCCACCAAUUUUGGUUUCAUCUGCAAAUUUGUUAAUCCACACAUUUAGGCAUCCGUUAGUCUUGCGAGAACACGGAUCUGCGCUUGGAAAGUCUUCACUCUCCAGGGUGCAGGCCUGGGCAAGGUUGUAUGGAAGACCAGCAGUUGCCCAUGCUGCAAGUCUCCCCUCUCCACGACACUGAUGUUGUCCAAGGGAAGGGCAUUAGUACCCAUACAACUUGGCACCAGUGUCCUCGCAGAGCAAUGUGUGAUUAAGUGCCUUGCUCAAGGACACAAUACAUUCCCUCGGCUGGGGCUCGAACUCACGGUCUUCAGGUCGCUAGUCCAAUGCCUUAACCACUUGGCCACGUGCCCACAUAUAUUUUCCAUUCAAAUCAUUGAUAUAUUUUACAAGACAGAGGUUCCAUUAUUGACCCUUUGGGAACACUGCUGGUCAUGGAUCUCCAGCCAGAAUAACUGCCUUCCACCCCUACUCUGUCUUCAAUGAGCAAACCAGUUCCAACACCAAACUUAUCAAAUGUCUUACUAUAGUCCAUGUAGUCCACCCCUCCUCUGUCUUCAAUGAGCAAACCAGUUCCAACUCCGAACUUAUCAAAUGUCUUACUAUAGUCCAUGUAGUCCACCCCUCCUCUGUCUUCAAUGAGCAAACCAGUUCCAACUCCGAACUUAUCAAAUGUCUUACUAUAGUCCAUCCACUGCCUUGCCCUCAUUGAGGUCUUUUGUCACUUCCUCAAAAAAAUUGAUUGAGCUUGUAAGGCAUGACCUUCCCUGCACAAAGCCAUGCUGAUUGUCCCCGAGUAGGCUGUGUCUUUCCAAA